GUCUAGUAGUAGAUAUAGUUGUUAUAACUAGUWGUUAAACAUUUGAAUUUGUUUUUUUGAUUUGUUAAAACAAUGCAAUCGGUAAUAAUUUAUGUGACACUAGUAGUGUACACAUUGUYACUACUGGUAACGGGAAUUACUGGCGCCGGAAAACGGGACGAUUGGGARAAUGCUAAAAGUUUGUACGAUUUUAAGGCCAUGGAUAUCGACGGCAAUGAAGUAUCGUUCGACAAAUACAAAGGAAAGGUACUAUUGGUGGUAAACGUAGCSUCMGAUUGUGGCCUAACSGACACCAACUACAGACAACUGGUCGAUCUGUACGGCAAAUAUCAGGCCAAAGGCCUACGUAUUGUUGCCUUUCCGUCAAAUGAUUUUAUGGGACAAGAAUCGGGUACUGAACAGGAAAUCAAACAGUUUGUCGUCGAGAAAUAUGGCGUCCGAUUUGAUAUGAUGUCCAAAGUUGGGGUYAACGGCCCGGAUGCCCAUCCCCUGUAUAARUGGUUGAAAUCUAAGCAAGGUGGUUAUCUAGGGUUUGACGGUAUUAAAUGGAAUUUUACUAAAUUCCUGRUCGACAGGAACGGGAUUCCCAUUCGYAGGUAUGCACCGACUACUAAACCGGCAGAUAUUGAAUCCGAUAUCAAAUCUAUUCUCUAUAAAGAGCUUUAAAAAAUAAAAUAAAAUAUUUAUUUUAUUUUAAGAUUUUUUUUGUGCAUUUUUGGGCAAUAUUUUUUAUGUUUUAAUUAU